GUGCUCAGCAACAUAACAUGUUUGUCAGUGAAGCAAUAAGAAAGAGUUAACAUUCACGGUGGUGCUUGUUUACAUGAUGGACAGCUAUGUCAUAUCAUCCCCCACAGAGGAAAUUAUUCCAAAUGAGCCAGAGAAUUAUCGUCCACCUGCAGAGCUGUAUCCCUACCUCACUAAUGUGGGGGAGAUUUAUGAAGACCACAGAUGGACCUUCCACUCUGAGCGCGUUCAGCCGCUGGACCUUGAGAAUUCACCAGUGAAUCACCUCACAGAGCUUCAGUCUGUGACUCCUCAACAACUAAUCCAACCUUACCGCUACAGCAGUGAGUGUAUACCCCUUCACCUGGACCCUCCACUCGCACCUCUCUCUGUGUCUCCACAAAUCCCCUAUUACACCCCGUCUCUGUGCUACCAGUACCAACCCUCCACCUCGCCUGGCCGUUACUACUCAGAGGAGGAACAAAGAGGAAUCAGUCCCCCACUGGAGGUAUCAGAAGGGGAAGAUGAACUUGAUGACCGUAUCCACUCCUCCUUCAGGAAAGACCAUAGCAACAAGAGGAAAAUCCGCCUGUACCAGUUCCUCCUGGACUUGCUAAAGAAUGGUGACAUGAGUGACAGUAUCUGGUGGGUUGACCAGGACAAGGGUAUCUUCCAGUUCUCCACUAAAUACAAAGAAGCUCUGGCCAGCCACUGGGGUAUUCAGAAAGGAAACCGCAAGAAAAUGACCUAUCAAAAAAUGGCUCGGGCUCUGAGGAACUAUGGUAAAACUGGAGAGAUAAAAAAAAUAAAGAAGAAGCUAACCUACCAGUUCAGUGAGGAAGUGCUGAGGAACCUCUAUUUACGUCAGUAUUCUCACUGAUGGGGGAACAAUGGCUGUCUUUUAUUUUGAUAAAAUCACUAAAGUAGUUGAGAUUAACUUUACCUGUACAUUUGCAAUUGAAUUUAACUGAUUUUUUUUUUUUGGACCAAGUUUUCUCACUUAUUUAUUUGAGAUGCCAGUGCAGUGGAAUUCCUCUGUGACAGCUGCAUAAUCCAAAUACUAAAUCUCUUUAUUUCAAACUUAAAUUACAUUUUUUUUUGUCCAUGCAGUGAGUACAACGAUUAAAUGACUAAAUGUCAGGGACAGCAACCAAAGAAAAAGUGUACAUUUCAAAUGUUUUCAGAAUAUUUUGUUGUGCAUUUGUGUAAAUAAAUAUUAAGUAGUAUUCCUUUUGUCAACCACUCAAAGGAACUGAAUCUA